AUGUUGAAGGAAGGGAGAACUUUCGCUGCCGUAGCCCGCCAUUUUAGUGUGAACGAAUCCACCGUUCGCUACAUCAAGAAGGACGAGGCUAACAUUAGGAAGAUGGCUGCCAUCACCUUUAAUAAGUCGGCGAAGAGAGUGGUUACGGCUCAUAAUACAACUAUCAUCUGUAUGGAAGCUGCUUUGGCCAUAUUGAUAGCCGACUGCCGAAAGAAGAACAUGGUCUUGGAUUCGAAUAUCAUCCAAUCAAAGGCUAGGAGCCUGUACGAGACUUUCGCUGAUAAGGAACCUGAAGACAACAGUGGUGACCAUGAAGAAGAGGAAGAAGAUGAAGACGACGUUGAACAUCCACAAUCAGGGAUGUUCAGUGAUUCACAACAUAAAAACGUCCUUUUUCUGUUAGCAAAAGGAUGGUUUGCUAAGUUUCAGAAACGCUUCCGCCUAAAAAUUGUUUCCCUGCAUGGCGAGGCUGCUUCUGCUGACACAAGUGCUGCUGAAACAUACGUGAAUGAAACUUUCAAGAAGAUUAUCUCCGAAGCUAGAUAUAAGCCCAAACAAGGUUUUUAA